CCUUGGCCUUUCAACAAAUGGAUGGUCCUCCAGUCCGUUCCUCAUAUCACCCUGCUUGGCCGAUGACACAGCCUCUCCACAGAGGUGAGUCUGUCUCACCCCUUUGUCCAUUGUCUGGGGUUAGGGGGAACCAGCCAAACGGUUUGGCCUAUCAUGUGCCUGUGUGAGGCAGGAAGGGCGGGGGAUACAGACCUACAGAAAGAAGUUGGUCAGGUGUAUCGCAGGGCUUCUCAGUCAGUGCUGGUCAUGACCACAGCUCGAUGCAGAUAGUUGAGAAAAGGGUGAAGUCAAGGGACGCAGGAUGCUGAGAUGCUGGAAACGCUCAGAAACCACCGGAUUGGAGGACUCACAAUGCAUGGAUGGGAGUCCAGCAUUGCCCCCCCGGUUCCCACACAAAGCAUUCUGGGUGACCGUCAGUGCCACUCUCCUCCUGGUCAUCAUCGCCCUCAGCUUCACUGGGCAUCUAUGGCUAAGACAGCCCAAAGCCCAGUCUGUACAGGUGGUCCGAAUCACAGUUCCGGAUCAGACUGGAGCCCUUAUCAACCAAUCAGCAUUGGUGGACAAGCAAAACGACCUGGUGACCUAUUCUGUGACCUCAAAGGCCAACCACACGUCUACCGUGCUCUUUGACAUCAAACAUGGUUUGAUAUGCUACAAGCCUGACAAUCGGGGGACUUGCUUCCUGCGUAAGAUGGAGAGAUCCGAUUAUGAAAACGUGCACUCCCUCCUCCAGCAAUCCACACAAAUGGAAAGCCAGUUGGUGUUAUUGGGGAAUGAGACCCAGCGACAGACAGAGUUCCUGGGGGUUAUGGGGGCCAGCCAAGUGAACGUGUCCACCCUGGAGGAGCCUCUACAGGACCUAUGUCAACACAGCUUAAUCCACUGGACAAGGAGACAAGAUGGUCCAGGCAAACAGCGUCUGGUCUACUUCUGCAUCGACAUCUGCUUCCCUAGUAACAUCUGUGUGUCUGUCUGCUUCUACUACCUGCCGGAGUGACCUGCCACGCAUCCACUCGGGCAGCGCAUGCCGGCACUGAUCAGGGAAACGACGUGUUCCUUCUCAUCCCUGCCAAGACACCAGAGCAUCGCCGGCUCCAAAAAAA